UUGUGAGCACACUUACUGGAGGACAAGGACGCUCCAUAACCAGCUACAGCUCACAUCAACCUCUCAGAAUUUUGAAUGUUCUUUUGUUUAGUGGAGUAUCUUAAAAAAAGUGUCAAUUGUCCAUACCCACCAUGAAAGCCACCAUAUUCUUCAUACUCUUAAUCAUUUAUACUCAGCAUUCCAGAGGUCAGUACCACUACCAGGGCCUGAUGAACUACUUGGAAAACAGGAUGCUUGCUAUGGAGGAACGUAUUGCCCUGUGGCAUGAACAGAACAACCGCUACAAUGCUGAUCUGAAGGAAUUUAGACAGCAAGCUGCAGACCUGUUGGAGAAGUUGGGCAAGGAGUACACUAAACUGCAUUCAGACCUGGAGGGUGCCGGAGCACGGGUGGACCGCGUGGAGCGUGAGAUGGACUACAUUGAAACUAAGAAUCCCCCAAAGCCUUGUGUUAAAGCAGCAGACAAGAUGGUGGAACAGGACGCGGUUGUCAGGGAGAGGAAGAAGCAAGAGUUCUUUGAGCUCUCUGUGUGCAUUAACAUUGUUUCCAGUAUUCGAGCAAUGAAGAUCCUUAAGAGGCUGGGGAGUCCCAAAGGUGUCUGGACAAAAGAUGCCAGAUCAGCAAAAGUUUAUGUCUUCAACAGCACAUCUGAUAACACACUGUACGAGUUCAACUCUGUCCGAGAGCUCUCCGCAUCAUCAGGCAUAUCUAAAGGCAGGCAAAUUACCCUGCCCUCUGUUUGGAAUGGGACUGGUCAUGUAGUGAAUGAUGGCUUCCUCUACUAUGUCAGUGAGGACUCUGAGCUCCAAGUUAUUAAAUAUGACCUCAACAAUGGUUCAAUUGCAGACAGUGCAGUGUUUCCCAUAGAAGAUCACACCCCAGUGUACAGCCUUAAUUCAGAGACUCUGGUGGACCUAGUGGCAGAUGAAGAUGGGCUAUGGGCACUAUAUGCUGCUGGAGACACAAUCAACCUUGCUAAGAUGGACUCCAACUCUCUAGACAUUGAGCAGAUGUGGGACACAGCAUGCCCGAGAAACAACGCUGAAGCAGCCUUUAUUGUCUGUGGCACAGUCUAUGUGGUUUACAACACCAAGCCACCAAGCCGCUCCCGUGUGCAGUGUGUGUUUGAUGUGAAUGAUAUGGUAAGCAAUGGUGAGGUCCCUCUGGUUUAUUUCCCCAGGCGCUACGGGGCCCAUUCCAGUCUUAAAUACAAUCCUGAGGAGAGGCAGCUUUAUGCGUGGGAUGACGGGUACCAGAUUCUUUAUAAGCUCGCACUGCAGAAGAAGCUAUGGGCAAUAAUGCCACCACCUGAGGAAUAAAAGGUGUGCCUUUGCAGCUCUUAAAGACCCCAUUAAAUUAAAAUGAAUGUUGUUGCUUUUAGUCCAUGUGUGUUUGCUUUGAGGCUAUUUGUAUCCUUGUGUACUCAUAAGUAUUGAUAAAAUGCACUUUUAGCAGAUAUACACAUUUAACCCUUUAAGCUCGAAUCAGCCCGCCGGCAGUCCUAAUGAGAAAAAAAUAUUAUCAAAAUAUUAAUAACUAAAGUCUCGACCAACGCAAAAUAGGUAUUGUUUUAAAGCUUAGAAGCUGUACUUUACAAUGCAUGUAGGCAUUAUGACCAAAACUGAACAAGUGCUUUGAAAUUUGCAGACAAAUCAGAAGUGUUCCGUUUUGAUAAUUUAUUAAAAGUUUUGCACUGUACAUGUUUUUGUAAUCAGUACAAACAUCAAACUAAUCAAAUAGCCAUGUGUCAUAUGUCAUAUGUCGUUGGAAAGCUCUCAAUAGAGUAGAAUACAACCAGCAUAUUUGUUUUACAGACAAAAAUAUAGCGAGUAAUAGUUAAGUAUAUGUCUUUGACAUGCAUGUUACAUGUAAACAGGUAAGCUGCAUUUUUGCUAAUACCUUCAAGAAAAAUAAACAGAAGAUAAAAUAUCAUAUACCAUUACUUAGAGGAGGGAAUUCUCAUUAAAAUGAGCCAACACACAACAUAAUAGAAUGCAUAGACCAUUAAAUAAUUCACACGAAGCACAAUGUGCACACAGUACAUACUGUAAAGUGCUAUCUGACUAAAACACAGUAGCUUUCCUGGAUCAGAUGACUUCAUCAGAAAUUAUUAGUACAUUGUCCUGCAUCAUGGAACACUAAACCAAUUGUAUUAGGAUUCAGUAUGCUGCAACCAGAGGUGGAAGUCAUCCAAAUAUGGGCAGAGAGGAUCAUUCACUCUAAUUGUAUAUAGCUACCAGAAGAUGGUGCCAAGUACAUAACGGACUCAACGAUGACUCAAAUGACACAGAAUGGAACUGAAUGAGAUCUCGUUACUCAUGUCUGCAUGCUUUGGAGAGAGAGAGCAUACCUUUAGUCAUCAUUGUAUUUGCAUGUAUAAUUAGUUCUUAUGUACAAUUGUUAUGUUUUAUUUGUUUGGAGAGGCUUUUGGACACUUGGAGAUGUUUUUGGACACUAGGAUAAAUAAUUUUUGUAAUGCUAUAACUUUUGAUUGUUUUGUCAUAUGAACACUAAAUCUCACUUAGUUAUAGGUGACAUGAUUGGGAACAAAACAAAAGCAGUUUUUUGGAGCCACCUUAUUUGCACCCUGAAAUAUAUAAUGUCAAAUCAG